AUGCCCGCAAAGAUUUCUAAUGCUGGAGCCGAGACGCGGGAAGCGUUUCGUGCAGUGAUAAAUGCAGUGGGUCGUUUAAGUUGUGGAAAAGUAGUCGAGAACGUGUUAUCCUGGGUUACCUCUAAUAACGUUAUCGAUAUUGAAACUAAGCUCAUACAAGAGGGGGACCUCUCGAUCUCGAAAUGCGGGUGUAGAAGGAUAAAACUUCAGACUUCUCCGUCGCUCAAUGAACAAAUCAACAAGAUUUUGGACCAAGCAUACGCACCAGCGCACUUUGCUUUGGCACUUCCAUUAAAUUUGCUCGGCGAAGUUGAUACAGUCAAGAGAUCCCGGGGAAACGCUGGCUUGGGUAAAAUUAUGUCAGAGCAACCGCCACGCUCCGAAUCGAUUGAUUUUUAUGAGGUAAUGCGAUUUUGGGAACGCGGUGAAAAAAAAUCUCGGAAAGAUCGCAAUUGA